AUGAAAGGAUUGAAGUCGUAUUUGUUGGACUCAGAAAGUUACGAUAGCGAUGAAGAUAAUAAUCCUGAAGAUCCAUGGGCGAUUGCUCAAAUAGGCCUGUUAAAUAAUCGCAACGUUCCGGUAACAAUUUUUGACGGAUAUGGAGAAUUAAUUAAUGCCGUAUGGAAUGCUGAUGGUCAAGCAAUGCUUCUUCAUGAUAAGAAUCUAAUCUUUCGACAAUAUUAUGGCUUUGUACCAUUGAUGAGCGGUUUAUCUACAACAAUUGAUAUUACGGGUACAAUAACAAUUGAUUUAUAUGGUUCUACAACAAUAAGUUUAUGGAAUAAAAAUGCUGGCAUUAAAAUUAAUUCAACUGUAUUAAUGAAACUUGACGGAAGUAUAAGUUUGGUAUCAUCGAAUAAUCUAAUCGGUAAGGCAACAACUUCAUUGCACACAACCGGUACGGUAAAUAUUCAGUUUGAUGCCGAUUUCUUUACUGUACCUCAUUUGCUUUGCACAACUAUUUCACAUUCAUCAUUUAUCAUCAAGCAUUCGUAUACUUAUAGUAGUACAAAGACUGAAAAAGAAAAACAUAUAUGGAAUAAUUUCACGUUAUCCGGUUCCAGUUUAUGGUUGAACAAGAAAAUAUCUGAUCAUUGCUCUUUGUUAAAUGCUUGA